CUUGGAUGCUUGCAGGACGUGUUUGUUGUGUCGUGUCCAUAUGUAGGAUCCCAGUGGUCAACUCUACCUGAAUCAAUGUUCCUGUAAUUCAUUUUCACCUGUUGAACUGACUACUGAGAUUCAAGGAACCUGUAUGUUCUGAAACAGUGAAACAAGACUAGAUCCCAGACAUUCAGAUCUCCAUGGAAAGAUCUUUUGUUCAUAAUCAGAAAAUGGCUAAAACAAGGGAAAGCUUGAGAGAGAAUCCUAGAUGGAGUCUUGGAGGCAUGACUGCUCUUGUAACAGGUGGCUCCAAAGGCAUCGGAGAAGCUGUGGUGGAGGAACUAGCUAUGCUGGGAGCAAGAAUCCACACAUGUGCCAGAGAUGAAACUCAACUUCAAGAAAGCUUACGUAAAUGGCAAGCAAAAGGGUUUCAGGUUACCACUUCUGUCUACGACGUUUCUUCUCGUGACCAACGAGAGAAACUCAUGGAAACCGUUUCUUCUGUAUUCCAAGGGAAGCUCAACAUCCUCGUAAACAAUGUGGGAACGUGUAUAGUAAAGCCGACGUUAAAGUAUACAGAGGAGGAUUUCUCAGUUACAAUGGCUACAAAUCUCGAGUCAUCUUUUCAUCUCUCACAACUCGCGCACCCUUUGUUAAAAGCAUCUGGUUCAGGGAGCAUCGUGCUCAUAUCCUCAGUAUCUGGAGUUGUGCAUGUGAAUGGUGCAUCCAUCUACGGAUGUGUUUUAGGAGCUAUGAAUCAGCUAGGAAGAAACUUAGCAUGCGAGUGGGCAAGUGACAGCAUAAGGGUUAACUCUGUGUGUCCAUGGUUCAUAGCAACUCCUUUAGUUAACGAAGUUCUCAGUAAUGAUGAGUUCAGAAAUGAAGUGGAGAGUAGGGCACCAGUGGGACGUGUUGGGGAAGCAAAUGAAGUAUCAUCGCUUGUGGCAUUUCUAUGUCUUCCUGCAGCUUCUUAUAUAACAGGCCAAACUAUAUGUGUUGAUGGAGGGUUCACUAUUAAUGGCUUCUCUUACAAGCCUCUGUCUUAAGGCGGCGUCUAUUGUUUCCGUUUACGUUUAUUAUCAAAUGUUUUAUAUAACAUUUUCAGUGUAUUGUGAUCACAAUUUUUGCGUCUUAACUAAUUGAACUGUAAGUGAAACCUAAGGGAUAAACGAAUCAUGUACAUUUUAAAAAUCUGGCCGAGUAGAAUCAGUAAGAAGAUUCGAUUGCGGAAAGCAUAUA